AUGCCCGCCGGCUUUCGUCAUAGAUCAGAAAACUGCCCGCGGUCGCAGGUCGAAGGGCCGCCGGGUGGCUGGGCCCGCGGGCGUUGCUCGGGCAAGGUGCCCGAGGCCGCCCCUUUCUCCACGGGGCGGCCUUGGCAAGCUGAGCCGGUCCCGCGGAACUUCUGCAUUAUUUUGGGAAGCGACCGAGUGCAGCAAAGUCGUGGCAGCUGUGGGGCGGGGCUCUGGCGUCGAAAGCCCGAAGCUGGAGCAGCUGGAGCGGAUCCAUUGCGCGGGUGGUAUUAG